CAGAAAUGUUUAAAUAGCGUAUGGUGCAGCGCAGUAUUUCACCGUGCUUCUUUGGAAACAAAGUGACCAUGGCCUUCAAACUGAUCUUCGUCUUCGCAGUUAUCGCGGUUUUUGCUGUUGAUGCCCUGAAACUGACAGCGUGCGCGAAGAAUAGACUACUGAUCAACAGAAUGAAACUGACAGGAGGAACUCUUGUGGGCUUCUAUCGCGUCAAAGAUAAGUUCUUAAGGCCGACGAGAUAUGAAAUCACUGUCUUCGGACGGACAUUUAAGGGCAGUAUUAACGGAUGUAAUGGACUGAGGAAAUGGGUGGCAAGCCCAGUCAAUUGCAAUCCAGGAGGGUGGCGCUGGUUCAGACUUAAAUCGUUCAAAGCUGUAAGUAUGGUGACAAAAUAGAUCUCUGUUUGUUUU